AUGAAGGUGGAGGAGUCAAUGCUCUACCAAAAGACGAUAUUGGCGCCGAUGGUGCGCGUGUGCAGCCCUGGCUUUCGCGCCCUAUGCGGCGCGCACGGUGCCGAUAUCGUCUUCACUGAGGAGGUGGUGGCCGCCAAGCUUGCGAUGUGCCAGCGCGAGGUGGUGCACUACCCCACAGUAGACACGCCGAUGGCUGAAUACGUGUCCUACGACCCCUUCAAAAACACCUACAAGCGUACUGUUGUGCUGAGUACGCCUGUGCUUCCCGGCAUCACCGACGGCGGACGCAAGGCAGAGCGCAUCGCUGCCCCUCGCAUUGUGCUGCAGCUUGGCGUCGCAGACCCAGUCCGUGGUGCGGCUGCGGCGCUUGUGUGCAGCAAUGACAUAGACGGCAUCGACAUCAACAUGGGAUGCCCUAAAAAGUUCAGUGUGCACAACGGCUUCGGCGCCGCACUGAUGAAGCGGCCGGAGGUCGGCGGGGCAAUUGUGCGGGCCGUGCAUGACGCGGUGAACAGCGACUCGAAUGUAGAUGCACGGGGUGGUAAGCGCAUCGCCGUGAGCCUCAAGACACGUCUUAAGGACACUGCUGAAGCCACUGUGGGGAUGCUGCGAGCGAUGCUGACGGCGGCGCAGCACACGCCGGCGAACCCUGCCCUGCACGCCAUCACCAUUCACGCCCGCACGCCGGAACAACGGUCUGAGCAGGCUCCGCUGUACGACCGUGCGGCAGAGGUGGUACGCAUCUGCAGGGCCAACGCCGCCUUCGAAGGCAUCUGCUUGGUUCUGAACGGCUCCGUCUUGUCGCGUCAAGACGGGGAGGCAAAGUGCGCGCUGUACGGCUUCGACGCAGCCAUGAUUGCUCGCGCCGCCCUGGAGGACGCGCGUUGCUUUCACCGUAUAUGCAGCGAGCUUCCGGACUCCUCCGUUGCUCACGACGGCGAGGCGCAGUCGAGGGAGGACGCUGAGGAGUACGCGAUGGCCAUAAUGAAAGAGCUCUUUUUCUACUCGGUGCGCUACCGCACCCUCUUCAACAACUUUAAGUACCACCUCACGCGCGCGUUUCCGGUGGUGAAGGCCCUAAAGCCGUUCAUGGAGGAGGUGCAGCAUGAGCUGCGCAGCUACACCGACUGCUACGAGUUCUUCCGCUUGACUGUAGAAGAGACGGCGCUGGCAGACUCGUGUGCGCACACGAUGGAGCUGCUCGCGAAGAAGCCGGCGUCUACGCCAAAGCGCGCAGCGGCGACCGCGGCGGCGAGUGAGGAGGAUGGCGAGCAAGCGCACAAGCGUGCCCGUGUUGAGACGACAACGAAAGCAUCCAGUUAA